AUGGCGGUGAUGUUAAGGUUUGUUAACGACAAAGGGCAUAUUGUGGAACGAUUCAUUGCUCUACAUCAUGUUAAAGAUACUAAAUCUGAGGCAUUAAAGGAUGCUCUUUAUGGUAUUCUUGAUAAGUACACGUUAUCUAUUUCAAGGAUAUGGGGGCAGGGAUAUGAUGGAGCUUCAAAUAUGAGAGGUGAAUUUAAUGGUUUGCAAAGAAAGAUUCUAGAUGAAAACCCUUAUGCUUUCUAUAUCCAUUGUUAUGCUCACCGUUUGCAAUUGGUUGUUGUGUCUGUUGCUAGUAGUUGCUCAUCUAUUCAUGAUUUCUUUGAGUACAUAUCCUUAAUUGUGAACACAACAAGUGCAUCUUGUAAGAGGAGAGAUGCCUUGACGGAGGCUCAACACCAAGAUAUUUUAAAUCAACUUGAGAGGGGUGAGAUAUCUAAAGGAAGGGGAUUGCACCAAUCAUCUAGUCUCACUAGACCCGGGGAUACUAGAUGGGGUUCACAUCAUACUACAUUGCUUCGUUUGGAUCAAAUGUGGCCAUCUGUGUUAAAGUUGUUUGGUAUCACAAAUGAGCUUUCAAAUGUCUUGCAAAGAAAAGAUCUUAAUAUUGUGAAUGCCAUGGAAUUAGUUGAUGUUGUCAAAGCUCGGCUGGCCACAAUGAGAGAUAGUGGUUGGGAUAAUUUAUUUGCCGAUGUACAAGAAUUUUGUGUUUCUAAAUGUAUUCCGGUGCCUAAUAUGGAUGAUGAAAUACCAGUUCGGGGUCGGUCAAGGGCAGAAGGGAGGACUAUCACUAAUCUUCAUCAUUACCGUGCAGAGAUUUUUUAUGAGAUAUUCAAGUCACUUGAUGAUAUUGACAUUAUUCGGACAUUCACCGCAAAGAAGUCUCGGAAAGGACAUCUGCCUCGUGAUUUUAUUUAA